UGGUUCCAGCGAAGUUUGUCGAGACUUUUAGAGGAAAGGAAUAAUACUCAAUGAUGCCGUAGCUUUCGGGUUUAAUUUGUACUUAUGUGUGUUUUUUGUUUUGUUGGUUGGUACUUUGGUUCGUUACCAUGGAGAACUAUGUGGUACCUGGAAGGACUAAGUUUUUAACUUUGAUUUUGUGGUUCUCCUUUUUAGUAGGUUCUUCUGCUCAAUUGCCGUCAGGUUCGAUAGAUCUAUUACAAGCGGUGCAAAUAGGACAAGAGCCGCUCGGUGUCAGCCAAGUCACCGGUAUUUGCGACAACCGCGCAGUCAACUUAGAUGACAAUGGUGAUCCAAUUUACGGGGUCCCAGACAUUGCCUACAAGGUCACUCAGACAGCUGUUCUCACGGUGACGACUUCGCAGCUUUUCACAGGUCCCUUCCCACAUGACUUCUCCAUCCUGGCGACCGUCCGUCCUGAACAAGGUAGCGAAGCUUUCCUCUUCACCAUCUACAACAAUGUGGGACAGGAGCAGGUGGCUCUAGGCAUAGGCGACAAUGUCACUUUCCAGUGCAGGCAAAGUGCUGAUUUACAAGCUCUGGCCCAAGUUUCUUUUCCAGUUACUGUCAACGACGGGAAGUGGCACAGGAUAGCCCUGAGCAUCAAGGGUAACUCGGUCACUCUUCUCAAUGAAUGUGGUCAACAGUUGACUGAGCAGUUAGGUCGCAGUGACGACUCCUACAUCGACACCACUGGAAUCGUUCUCAUCGGACAGCAACUUGUAGAUGGCGUCUAUUAUGAGGGUGACAUACAACAGUUGCAAGUAGUCCCCAGUCCUGAAGCUGCUUAUGAACAGUGCAUAGACUACAUACCUGACUGCGACACACCCCUUCCCUACAGUCGAGGCCCAGAGGACACUGUGUUUCCUAGUCCACAAUCUCCUAGGAGGAACGAUGACGAUGAGGAUGAUGACGACGAUGAUUUCCCGGAUUACAUAGAACCAGACAGUUUUCCAGGACCUUUCUCAAACGAUACCCCUCCGGUUGUAGGAAAUCCAGUUGAUGAAAAUAACGGAUAUCACUACUAUAAUGUUCAAGGCCUUCCCGGUCCUAGAGGCUAUCAAGGACCUCCAGGACCACCUGGUGUUAAAGGUGACAAGGGAGAUCCAGGGCGCGACGGACUGAGUGGACUGGACGGAGCUAUAGGACCACCAGGACAUAUAUUCAUGAUACCAUAUCAACCACAAGGAGACACAAAGGGACCAGACAACACCGAACCUUUAAGGCAGAUGUUGAGUCAGCACAUGCUGGCAAUGCGAGGAGCAACAGGACCGGUUGGACUAGCUGGUUUGGCAGGACCUGUAGGUCCGCCUGGUUUUCAAGGUCCCAAAGGAGAACCUGGGGAAGCUGGAGAAGAGGGACCGAGGGGUCUGCGUGGAAUGAUGGGUCAUCCAGGUAGAGCAGGUCGUAGGGGACCAAGUGGAAGAGACGGCGACAGGGGACCUCAUGGACCUAUAGGAGCUAAAGGUGAUGUUGGUCUCCCAGGUAUGCCCGGGUUACCAGGAGAAAAAGGUGAUAGGGGAUUUACUGGCUCGCAAGGUGAAACAGGGUUAACUGGGCACGACGGACCACAAGGGGAAGAUGGGCAGCCAGGACCACCAGGACUUCCAGGAGAUAUGGGACCUAGAGGUUUCAUUGGACCUAGAGGUUUUCCAGGGCUGCCAGGACCACCUGGGAUACCUGGAGCUGAAGGGGCCACCGGACCAAAAGGAAAAGAGGGCCCUGCAGGUCAACCAGGACAGCCAGGGCAAACUGGGGCCGCCGGACCUAUGGGCCCUCCUGGACCACAAGGACCUCUAGGACCUCAAGGGUUACAGGGUCCAAGAGGAAAACCUGGUCUACCUGGUUUAGCUGGUGCUGACGGUUUACCAGGGCUAUCAGGAGAACCAGGAAUUCCUGGUUCGAAAGGUGAUACGGGUGCACCAGGUUCACAAGGCCCAAUGGGAUUUCCUGGUCAAAGGGGAGUGAAGGGCGAUCAAGGUUUGAGAGGACAAGGAGGUGAAAAAGGAGAAAAGGGUUCUAGAGGAAACGAUGGGCAAAAGGGAGAUUACGGACCUAAAGGUGACCUAGGUGUUCCAGGUCCUGAUGGUACGCUUGGCUUAGAAGGACCUGAAGGACCGAAGGGUUUUGAAGGGCCUAGAGGUGAGAUGGGACCACCAGGACCAACGGGUGAAAAGGGUAAAAUAGGAAUUCCAGGAUUUCCAGGUUACCCAGGUCAUCCGGGAGCUAAGGGAGAAAAAGGAUUUUGGGGCAAAGCAGGAAAGAAAGGGGAAAAAGGAGAAAGGGGUCAUCAAGGAUUGCCAGGAGACAGAGGACUACAAGGACCUAGAGGGAAUCGAGGAGAGCGAGGAAGGCAAGGAAAGACCGGUCCACCAGGGGACAAAGGUAGCUCAGGAGAAGCUGGUCCACAGGGGCCACAAGGUGAAAGAGGUCCUCAAGGAGUCCAAGGACAACGAGGGUUUGCUGGACCAAACGGGCCUCCGGGCACAAGAGGAAAAGACGGGGUAUCAGGAUUACCUGGUGAAAGAGGACCACCUGGGGAACCAGGCCCGCCAGGACCACCAGGACCACCCGGUGUUGUUGGACCUCAGGGACCAGCAGGAGAGCCAGGACCGUCUGGAGAUAUAGGCCCCACAGGAAUCCCUGGAGUUCCGGGCGAACCAGGUAUUCCCGGUUCAGCUGGAAAAGAAGGUCCUCCGGGUCCACCAGGUCCAGUGGGAGAAAAGGGUCCACCUGGUGUGGUCGGGCCUCCAGGAUUUCCGGGAGAUCGAGGACUGCCGGGAACACCUGGAGUUCCAGGAUCCAAAGGGGAUGUUGGCAGACCAGGUGCACCAGGACCUUCGGGUGAAAAGGGAGCCAUGGGUAUGCCUGGCGACGCAGGACCACCGGGUGAUAAAGGCCGGGACGGACAACAAGGGCCAGCAGGACCAGCUGGGCCAAAAGGAGACAAGGGAGACUCGGGCCUUCCAGGACUGAUGGGAAGAGAUGGCUUACCUGGAACUAGGGGUCUUCCAGGACCUCCUGGACCAGCAGGUGCUUCUGGGGAAGACGGCGAUAAGGGUGACAUUGGACCACCAGGACAGAAAGGACUCAAAGGCACAAAAGGCAACAUAGGACCUAUAGGUUCUGCAGGUCCGCAAGGCUUGCGCGGAGAACCUGGACCUCAGGGUCCUGAUGGUGAACGUGGAAUGCCUGGUCCCCAAGGCUCUCGUGGCCCUAAAGGAGAAGAUGGACCAGUCGGACCACCUGGACCGUCCGGACCACCAGGCUCUCAGGGUCUUCCGGGACCUAGAGGACCAAAAGGAGAUCGAGGAGACCAUGGGAAAGUGGGGCCACCGGGACCUGCAGGUCAGCCAGGAGAACCAGGACCUACAGGAUCAAAGGGAGGAGAAGGCAUAGCUGGUCCUCCGGGGCCAGAAGGGAAGCAAGGUCCUAAAGGUGAAGAUGGAAUGCCCGGACCUCCAGGACCACCAGGAAAAGAUGGAGAACACGGUCCCCGCGGACCUCCAGGGCCUAAAGGAGAAGACGGUAAAAUGGGACUUCAAGGACCACCAGGACCUAGAGGACUUCCUGGGCCGGUUGGCCCUAAAGGACUAACUGGAAAUCCUGGUUUCCCUGGACCAGCAGGAGAACCCGGCGUUCCUGGACCGAAGGGUUCUACCGGCAAAGAUGGCAGUGAUGGCAACCCAGGUUUACCUGGGCCAAUCGGGCCACCGGGAGAACCAGGAAAAAUGGGAGUGGCAGGAGCGCCCGGAAAGCCAGGGCCUAUAGGACCCGCUGGAAAGCAAGGUGAUAUCGGUCAGCCAGGUGAGAAGGGGGAUAGGGGACCUCUAGGACCUCCAGGAGAUCAAGGACCAGUUGGAGCAUCGGGAAAUCCAGGAUUACCAGGGCCACCAGGUUUGAGAGGAUCACCAGGACCAGCUGGUGAUGUCGGACCACCAGGUGCUACAGGACCUCCAGGGCAGCCGGGAACUGUAGGUGCAGAAGGUGAAAAAGGUCCUAAAGGUGAGAGAGGAAAACGAGGCUUAAAGGGUCAUCGAGGUCAAAUUGGAAGAGCUGGAAUGAAAGGCAAUCAAGGUGAAAAGGGAGAAAAGGGAGAUCGAGGCAUUCAGGGACCUCCUGGAAUGAAAGGAGACACGGGACCAUUUGGUAUGGAAGGACAAAAAGGCAACGACGGACCCCAAGGACAACAUGGUUUAGAAGGUCCACCUGGUCCGAAAGGUGCUCAGGGUCCUACAGGUCCAAAAGGCGAUGCUGGUCCUUCGGGUCCGCCAGGUCCACCAGGUCCACCAGGAGAAGGUCCACAAAUCCCACCAGAAAUCCUCUUCCAGAGGGAUUAUCCAUACCUGAGACACAAGAGGAGCACCGAGCGCAAGGAUCCAGUGAAAUCCCCCGAGAAGGAGGAGCAAGAAACGGACUCGAACCCUCCCAAAGCGGAACAGAAGGCGGAGACAUUGAAAGAUAAGUUGCUCAAUAUGUAUGCCAACAUAUACAUCAUGAGAAAGGAAAUUGACGUCAUCAAGAAACCAAUGGGUACGAGGAAAAAUCCGGCGAGGAGCUGCAGAGACUUAUAUCUUGGACAUCCUGACUUCCUAGAUGGCUGGUAUUGGAUUGAUCCGAACUUAGGCAUGAUUGACGACGCCAUCCAUGUCUUUUGCAACAUGACUGCUAGGGGGCAGACCUGUGUCUACCCAGAUAAGCAUACCGCCAUGAACCCUGACAUUCAGUGGGAGAGAGAAGACUCCGGAAAAGAAGAUGUGUGGUUCAGUGCUCUCCGGGGUGGUUUCAGAGUGACAUACGAUGACGUAGGUCCCAUCCAGCUUACUUUUCUGAGGCUAUUGAGUCAAGAAGCCUACCAGAACUUCACGUAUUCGUGCACCAAUUCCGUGGCCUGGUACGACCAGCAGGCCGGGAAUUAUGACUGGGCCGUCCGCAUUCUUGGAGAGAACGGACAGGAGUUCGGACCUUCAGGGCCAAAACCACUGGUUCUGACGGACGGGUGCAAGACCAAAGCAGGAACCAGUAAGUCUGUCUUCGAAAUCAGAACCACUAAGCUGAAUCAACUGCCACUUGUGGAUUUUCUCCCUAAAGACUAUGGACUUCCACACCAAGCGUUCGGUUUCCAAGUCGGAUCAUUGUGUUUCAGCUAAUGAAGCACAAAUUAUUUGUUUUUAAGUUAUUUCCUGCUGUGGGCCGGCUUGCAAAGCGCUUUAUUUAAAAAUACAUUUUAAAUUCUACCUGCAGUCAGUUAAUAUAGUUAUGUUUUAUUUUACUGUCAAGAAAAAACCUGCUGAUUUAAAGACGUGAAGAAAAAUUUAAUUUUAGUACAACAAAUAAUUUUUCUGUAAUGCGGGGUAUUUUUUUUUUCUUUUUUUGAUGCAAGUGUAAAAAAUAACGCGAGUUGAUUGAUAAAUUUUUAAAAGUGAUGAUUCAGUUUUUUAAAACAAUUAACAUUGAAAGAAAUGUCUUUAAAAAGAAGCUGUUUAAUUCAGAUCCUCUAUUUUUUCCUUCUGUUUCAGUAAAAAUAAUAAGAGUUUAGGUUUAACCUGCUUAAUUGCUUUAAAGGUUGAUUCAAAAAAUGUUAUAAACUGAUUGCUGUCAGUAAAAUAGAUAAUUUGACCUAAAUUUAGCCAUAAAAAGCAGCAAUUUUUUUUUCAUGCAACUAACAAUGUUUAGGUAAUAUUCAAAAGAACUAGUAAGCCUUGUGUAGCUAAAAUCGAAAAUUGUUAUUUUUUCAGCAAUACUAACUUGGGUAAAAAGUAUUAAAAGUUAAAUUUUUAUUUGUUUAAAUCAUGAUAAAAUUUGUUUGUCUAAAACUGGAAUAUUGUGUUAUAUUACUGUUUUCACGAUCACUGCCAAGUGUGUGUUUUGUGAUUUUAUUUCAUCAAAAUUUUUGAUCGCAAUGAACUGUAAAUAAAUGUUUUUUUAUCACUCCAAGUGA